AUGAAUGAGGCCAUGCGGAACAUUCACAGCUACGAGAACUUUGUCGAGCGUCUUCGCAACCCAAUCAUUGCCAUCAACUACCUUGCUGACUCAACGAUUUGGGGCUACCUCGUAACCAUGGUCAACGAUGUAGCCAAUGAAUUACAACUGCUUCAGGACUUCCAUCGGGCGCAGACUGGCAUCAGUGAUGAUCUCGUUGGAGCUUGGCACGAGUUUAUUCGGGACCUAUUGCAAUUGACUGUUGAUACUGCGCGAGACUGGGUGCAGGGCUGGGUCAUCACGGCCAGGAACGAGUACAGGGACGACAACGGCGAGGACGUGAUCAACUUGUUGGCGAUGUUAAGCACGUUGUUGAGAUACGCGUUUGAUUUAGAGCUGCCUCUGAGCCAGCUCCCUUAA